CAGCGCUCCCCCUGGGCGUUUGGUGCCCCACCGGUGACACGUCCAUGUUUAAUCUACGCGUUACAACACCUCUUGGUUCAACGACAUCAUUUUGGGUUUUGGAGGACAUGCGCUUGGAUAUCCCGGUGGUCCUCUGAUUUAUUCAAAAGUUUGCAGGCUUGGGAGACCAAGGAGCUCUCGACUGAAGCCAUGGAUGCCUUUGUGACCAGGCGGCCACAGAAACGCAAAACAAGCGACGACUUUGCCGUGGAAUCGCAUGAAGAAUCGACAGACAUCAAACUGGCGAUUCUAGCUUCCCUUCAUCCUGAUAUCGAACAAGAAAUGCUUCUUGAUAUUCUUUUAGCGCACGACGGCGAUGUCCAGGCCACAUCCAACACCCUCAAAUCACCAUCUACCCCCCGAUCUGUCAAAAAGACUGCCAACAACAGAAUAGCAGGACAAACAUCCCUACGAGCCUUCGCUAUCGACCCAUCAUCCGGCGAGCCAUCCCCAAAGAAACCCAAAAUUCUCUCCAAAAAAGGCCAAACACUACACCUCUACGACCCGCAAGACAUAAGCGAGCACACCCCCUGCACCAUAAUCCACAACUUCCUCCCCGCCCACGAAGCCAACGAGCUUCUAUCCGAACUCCUCGAAGAGUCCAAAACAUUCCAAAAGGCAUCCUUCAAACUAUUUGACAACAUCGUCUCCAGCCCCCACACCUCGGGGUUUUACGUUGGCAGUCAGAAGGAACUGCAAGAGCAGAAGGAUGACUACCACUAUAACGGUGGCAGGAUCAGCGUAGGUUUCUGCUCUCAUUUCCCCGGCUCCGCUACUUUCAUAGAUUCUUACAGGAUUGUACAGGAUGUCCGCACCCUGACACCAAAACUAGAAGCUGUACGGGGGCGAGUGCAAGAAACAGUCAAUUCGGCAAUUGAAGAGCACAUUCGCACUCAUCACGGUGGUCAGAAGCCAAGACAUCAGCCUUCUGAGCCUUGGUGUGCGAAUGUAGCUUUUGUGAAUUGUUACAAUGGGCCGCAGGAGAGCGUUGGUUGGCACACCGACCAACUAACCUACCUCGGCCCCCGCCCCACAAUUGCAUCCCUUUCCCUAGGCGUAACCCGCGAGUUCCGCCUCCGUCGCAUAUCUUCUUUUCUGCCCUCUUCCACAUCUGACAAUCCUGAUCCAAACCUCCAAGGCCAGGUCUCGCUCCCCCUUCCCCACAACUCCUUGUUGAUCAUGCACUCCACCACCCAAGAGGAAUGGAAACACUCCGUGUCACCUUCCCCAACCCUAACCCCGCACCCUGUGUCGGGCAAUAUCAGGAUCAACAUCACCUACCGCCACUAUCGCUCUGCUUUUCACCCGAAAUAUACACCAAAGUGUCACUGCGGUGUGCCGGGGGUGUUGAGGGUGGUGACGAAUGACACCAAGCAAGCAAACGGUGAGAGGGAGAGGAAGGAGAAUCGGGGGAGGUAUUUCUACAUGUGCCACGCGGGUAACGUACCCGACCCUACAAAAAAGAAGUGCGGGUGGUUUUUGUGGGGCGAUUUCGACCAAGAUGGAAAUCCGAGGGGUCUGAAUAUGGCCAAUCAGAGCAAGCCGAGGUGA